AUGAUUGGAAAUAUUACAACUGUAAUUUUGUGGCUCUUACAUUAUUACAAUUGUAAUUCCGAGUUUACAAUUGUAGUUUCCAUUGUUUACUACAAAUGUCAGCAGAUUACAGCCUGGAUCAGAAGAGUUGCUGCUUUUAAUGAUGCUGAUUUGUCAGAAGAGCUCAGAUUAAUCAACAAGAAUUCAUUCAAUGCAUUCACUAGGGCAAUCAGUCGCACACGUCGUCCCGAACUGGACUCUCAUAUUCACAGAAAUGGUGCGUAUGAAGCACAUCCCCACGCAGAUACAAUCAAUUUGUUGCUUUCUAUUGGAGAGUCUACACUGUCUGCGAUCAAUUCAGAAAUACCUGUUAGCCCUGUCCCUUACGCAGUCAGUCCUUAUAUGUAUGUCACUGCCAGAAUCAAGAUCUUGACCUGA